AUAAUACUCCACGCCCCACGCUCAACGGCCAGAAACCUCCGUCCCCUACAAAAUAAUCAUCAAAAGAAAGCAAGAAACUAAGAUAAUGUCCUUGCACCCAGUUGCGGAAGCUAACGAGAAGAGCCCAUUUGGGUCGUUGACUCCGGAGGAAUUCUACGCUCGCCAUAAGGUCACUCAUGGCACCGAGUUCAUCACGAAUCCUCGUGGCCUUAAACUAUUUACUCAAUGGUGGAUCCCACUUCCCGAUUCUGCCAAGCCCCUAUUCGGCGUCGUCUGCGUCGUCCAUGGCUUCACCUGCGAGUCCAGUUGGUUCGUGCAGCUCACCUCCGUCCAUCUCGCCAAACAGGGAUUCGCGGUCUGCGCUAUCGACCACCAGGGCCACGGGUUCUCGGAGGGUCUCCAGGCUCACGUUCCCGACAUCAAUCCCGUCGUCGACGACUGCGCAGCCUUCUUUGAUGACUUCCGUGAACGCCAUGCGCCUCCCGAUUGGCCGACGUUUCUGUACUCGGAGUCGCUUGGUGGGGCGAUUGCGCUCUUGAUUACCCUCCGGAAGGACUUGAAAAGGCCGUACGACGGCAUCGUUUUGAAUGGAGCUAUGUGUGGCGUCAGCGACAAGUUUAAGCCGCCGUGGCCGCUGGAGCAUUUUCUUCCCAUCGUUGCCGCUGUGGUUCCCACUUGGCCUGUGAUCCCCACUCGCGGGAGGAUUCCUGAGGUCUCCUUCAAGGUGGAGUGGAAGAGGAAGUUAGCAGUGGCAAGCCCAAAAAGGCCAUUGGCUAUGCCACGGGCUGCCACGGCGCAGGAACUGCUGAGGUUGAGCAGGGAAUUGCAAGGCAGGUUUGAGGAGGUGACGGUGCCACUUCUGAUAGUGCACGGUGGUGAUAACAAAAUAUGCGACCCCGCGUGUGCGGAGGAUUUGUACAAACGCGCUGCCAGUAAGGAUAAGACCAUCCACAUAUAUCCCGGCAUGUGGCACCAGCUGGUUGGUGAGUCUGACGAGGAUGUCGAGCGCGUGUUUGGAGACAUUGUGGAGUGGCUUCGGACUAGAGCUGAACGAGACAUUGAGAACGGCAGCGGAGAUGGUUGUUAGAGCCUUAGCUUAGGCCAGACUAGGUUAUAAGAAUUCUAUACAAAAAAAAAAGGCAAUCCGAUGCAGCGCAAGAUUUGUGCCAGCUCAUCUUUGAAAAAAUUGUAUUUUGUUCUAUUAUGAGUGUUAUAUGAAUAUUAGUAAUUGACUAUGGAUAUACAAAGGUUGGGAAAGAAGAUCAUUAAUGUUUAAUAUAAAUUUAAUGAA